UGCCACAAGGUUGCAGUAGUGAGAGAGGACCAACUCGAAGCAAUGAAGUCUAAACUAUCCACAGUUGCAAGCGUGCAUGUCUACAGCAUUCAGAAAGCUUUGCUCAAGGACAGUGGACCCCUCUACAACACAGACUAUGAUAUUGUCAAAACAAACCUGCACAACUGCAGCAAGUUUAGUGCCAUUCGAUGUGCUGCUGCAGUCCCCAGGCCAGUGGUUGAAGUUCCUCCAGCAGAGACGUCUGUGCAGGAUGCUUCUCAGACCAAAGGUGACAGGAAUGCUGCCAGUGUCCCUGCAGUAAACGGCCAUGGACCAUCAAGUUCUAAACCACCACACAGCAGCCCAAAGGGAUUAUGGGAAUGUUUGCAGCAAAAGCAGCUUCCAAAUCCCAGGACACAAAUAAAGAAGCUAAAGGACUCUAAAGAGGCCCCAAGUGUGUCUGCAACGAGCAGCAAACCACCAGCAAAGGGCAACAUAAUGAACAACUUCUUUGGAAAAGCUGCCAUGAAUAAACUCAAAGUCAAUUCUGUGCCUGAGCAGCCAAAGGAGGAGAAGGAAGUUGUCAAGCCUUCAGUUCCUGUAGCAGAACCAGAGUCAUCCCUUAAUACUGUUGUAGAGAAACCUGGGAAGAAAACAGAACCUGCUAGAAUUCAACAGAAGGACAAAAAAAGUAAAAUGAAGAGGAUGGACAAGUCAGAUAAUGAGGAAGAAAGAGAACCUGAAAAUGUAAAGAAGAAAAGGAAGCGAAUCAAACAGCUUGAGUCUGACAGCAGUGAUGAGGAAGGUAUCCCACCAUCUCCCACACCUGAGGAAGAGAAAGCUCCAUCUCCUGUACCUGCCCUGAAAACUGAACUGGAGCCUGCAUCCACAGAGGUUCCAGCUGGAGGGAGGAAGAGGAAACGGAAGCGUGUGCUGAAAUCCAAGAUGUUCAUUGAUGAUGAAGAAGGCUGCAUGGUGACUGAAAAGGUUUAUGAGAGCGAAUCCUGUACAGACAGUGAGGAUGACUUCAAGACCAAGCCACUGGCUGCACCCAGACAGCCUGUGCUGCCUCUGAAGAAAGAACCAAAGGAAGAAAGGAAGAACGUGAAGAAAGGGGCAGCUGUUGCCAGCAGAGCCAACAAACAGGUCUCCAUCAUGGGGUUUUUCCAGAAGAAAUGA